GUUCGAGGGGGAAAAAAGGCGAAACCAGUCCGGCUGCUUGUGCUUGGGCAGGCCGGGACCAACAAUGCGCCCGCCGCGUUUACGCUUGCGCAGUGCGCGCAUUCACAAGCUCCGUCUCGGAGUCGCAUUUACAGGAGGAGGAUGAAGCCCACAUCGGUGACGCAAGUUGGGGGGCCCGUGUUGGACGGGAGGAGGAUCCGCUUUCAGCGUCCCUAUGGUGAGCGUCCUCCUAAAAAGCCACACACCUUCUGAGGAAGUCCACGAGUACGUGACGUCAUGCGUGGGGGUCGAGCGGUGUUGAACGUGAGCCGCCAAAUAUGAUUCCGGUUCGAAUUCGGAGAAUCUGAUGUCUACAUUUAGAUUGCUUAGCAAGUGCUUCCAUGUUAAAAGGGAACUUUUAGUAGAUUUUUAGAAAUGGGGUCGUCCGCAUUCAGACAAAACUGACCCAAUAACAGUUCAUGAAAACUAACAAAAAUAACUCAAUUUGAAAAAGAAUUGUUAUAAUAUUAAAAAAAAUAAAUGCUUUUGAAGAAGGCAUAACUAACUUCAUCUUGAGUUGAUAAUACUUACUAAAAAUAACUCUAAUUAUACUGAAAAUGACAUUUUUGUAUUUAUUUUGGUAUUGCUGCACAUUGGUAGCCACUCAAGAACCAAAGUUAGCUGCUUGAAAAUUGAAGUUGACUUUACUUUAUUACUCAAUACUGAUUGACCUCAUUUUUUUAAAUCUUCCUACUUAUUGACCUUUUUCAUCUUGCACUCAACAAAUACUCCAUUAUAUAUCACACAAUUUAAACUAAUACUAAAACUAACCCCACAAAAACGGAGCAUUUUCGAAAAAAUAAUAACAAAUCAAAACUCACAAAUUGCUCAUGGGAAAUAAAUUCCCCAUGAAAAUAAAGUCUCUAGGGUCACUUGAAAUUAAACAGGUCUCACUCAUGGCAUCAACAUUUGAAGAUGAGUUUGGCUUCCAGGGCCAAUUCAUUCAUUCAUCAUAAAGCUUUGCCUUUGAUAUUUUAAAAAACAUAGACUUUGGGUUGAUUGAAUACAUUUUGGCUGAACGGUCCGUGGGUUUCAGCAAUUGAAUACACGCGUGCAUGUUUUGAAAAGCCGUCAGUGUGAUGUUCUGAGCCGUCGAUCCAAGCCCAUUGGUGGCUGAGCUCUUCCAGCUCGUCUUAUCGUCCAAUCGGCAACACUCCGUCCCGUGCCAUCAGCCAAACAGGUGCUUGGACGACAACGCUCUUCUAAAGUCUAAAGUCUGUGCACCCACACACACUCACUCAGUCACUCACUCACACACACACACACAGCAACAGCCAUGUCGCAAAGUCACAACACCCUGACUCAAACACGACUGGAGAAGACGUGGGUGCCGUGGAUGCCGGACCGACUGAGCAAGCGUCGAGGAUCGUCGGUUCCACAGUUCACUAACUCGCCGACCAUGAUCGUGAUGGUGGGACUACCUGCUCGUGGGAAAACGUACAUCUCCAAAAAACUCACCAGGUAUCUCAACUGGAUUGGCGUCACAACCAAAGUGUUCAACGUGGGCCAGUACCGCCGAGACGCCACGCGUUCCUACAACAGUUUCGAGUUCUUCAAACCCGACAACGCGGAGGCCAUGAAAAUCCGAAAAGCAUGCGCCGUUGCCGCGCUCAAGGACGUGUGCGACUACUUCACCAACGGGCAAGGCCAAGUGGUGGUUUUCGAUGCCACCAACACGACACCCGAGCGCCGAGAGCUCAUUCUCAGCUUUGCUAAUGAAAAUGGCUACAAGGUUUUCUUUGUGGAAUCCAUCUGUGAUGAUCCAGAGAUCAUCGCUCAGAAUAUUAAGCAAGUCAAGCUAAGCAGUCCCGAUUACAUCAAUUGCGACAAGGACGAGGCCGUUGCCGAUUUUCUCAAGAGGAUCCAAUGUUACAAAUUAACGUACGUGGCGUUGGAUGAUAACAAGGACAGGAACUUGUCGUAUAUCAAGAUCUUCGACGUGGGCAGCAGGUACCUGGUGAACCGCGUGCAGGACCACAUCCAGAGCAGAAUCGUUUACUACCUCAUGAACAUCCACGUCACGGCGCGUUCCAUCUACCUGUGUCGCCACGGCGAGAGCGAGCUUAACCUGGUGGGUCGCAUCGGCGGAGACUCGGGAUUGUCGGCCCGCGGCGCCAAGUUUGCUAGCGCUUUGGGAACGUACGUGCGCAAGCAGAGCAUCAGUGAGCUGAAGGUGUGGACCAGCCACAUGAAGAGGACCAUCCAGACGGCUGAAGCUCUGGGGGUGCCGUAUGAACAGUGGAAGGCUCUCAAUGAGAUUGAUGCUGGCGUGUGUGAAGAGAUGUCCUACGAGGAGAUUCAAGAGAAUUAUCCGGAAGAGUUUGCAUUGCGAGACCAAGACAAGUAUCGCUACCGCUAUCCAAAGGGCGAGUCUUACGAGGACCUGGUUCAGCGUCUGGAACCCGUCAUCAUGGAACUGGAGAGGCAGGAGAACGUGCUGGUCAUCUGCCACCAGGCCGUCAUGAGAUGUUUGCUGGCGUACUUCCUGGAUAAAAGUGCAGUGGAACUGCCCUACCUCAAGUGUCCUCUUCAUACCGUCCUUAAACUCACCCCAGUUGCUUACGGGUGUAAAGUGGAGUCGGUCUUCCUGAACAUUGAAGCUGUGAACACACACCGUGAUAAACCCGAGAACGUGGAGGUGGACCGAGAUGCAGAAGAGGCGCUGGAGACUGUGCCGGAUCACAUCUAGACCACCAGGGGGGGAAAAAAAAACGCCGCCAAGGAGCACAUAUGAUACAUCAGACUGUAUGUGGAUAUAAUUACAUUUUAAUCCAAAUAUUAUCAGAUGUUUUGAUGAGAAGCCAUGGCCCAACAGAACAUUUACAAGGGACAUACAAUGGAAACUUUACUUUUGUAGUUGAUUAAGGGCUAUAUCAAUAACUUGACCUGUCUGUGAAAUCGGAAGCCACCACUGGCUAAUUGAAUCCUAUUUCCACCAUUAUGUAAGUAGCCAUUAGGAUUUGAUCCUAUUUUCCCCGCUAAAGGUAGCAUUUUGUGACAAAGAUACUCAGUUACACUUGAAACUAGUGUUGCAGGUUCACCAUUCGGAGUACUGUUGUGUAGGUUUGAACGAAUGCAAUGUCAUUGCAGCUCUGCUUACCUUUUGAAAUUGAUAUUGCUUUGGAGUUCCACUGUGGCAUAAAAAUGGCACAUCUUGCGGCAAGUCAUGGUGGAGAAAGUGUGUGUGUGGGGGGGAGGGGGUACACAAUGAAUUCUAUUCAUUGAAUCAUAUUCAAUGAUGCACUUUAUGGAUGCUCAGGGAAUAAUCAGUGGGUAGAGUACUGCAAUAAUUUAUCGUUAUCAUCGUUCAGUGUUCUGACUGUUCUGUCGUUCUUGUAGCGGUUUCGUUUGGUUUUUGUUUUCAACCAACGUGGACUCUUAGCAAAAUGCCAAUGGCGCAAUAAUGACAAUAGAGACAAUGCACCCCGCUUGAAAUUUGUUUUCGCCUUCUGUGAGUGUAUGGUUAUUUCUUGCACUUUCCCAAUAAAAAUGAUGUUUACUGUUCACUAGAAGUCAUGAAAAAAUAAAUAAAAUAGUCAUCUCCG